UGGGUCCUCUCGUUUCUUUCACUGUUAUAAAAAGCGUUACCUUUCUUCACCAUUUGUUGUUCUUCCUCGCUCUCCGCAGCGUUCUUCUCUCUCCAUUCAUUUCGAGCAAGCAAGCUUCUUCCUCCCGUUUUCUUCUUCAGACGAUUCGAACUUUCGAAUCUUAAUCUCAGUUUUCGAAUCUAAACGCGAAUCAUGAACAUGAAUUUUUCGUUUCGCUCAACCUCACCGGAGAUUUCAUAUCCAAGUGACAGUGUUGUGAGAUAUUCAGCCGCAGGCCGGUUCCUAUCUCGUGAAUUGGUUAGGUUUGAUGAAAUCUGGAAGAAGAAAUUCAUUAGUUUGCAUCGUCGUGGUACGAGUAAGGUUUUCGCAUCAAGACAUUUUGUGCCAGGACGCUUGGAAGAUUCGUCGAUUGCUGCUAAGAAGAGUCUACCGAGAAGAGAAACUGUAGAAAGGCUUGGCUUUGUGAGGACUCUGUUGAUUGAUAAUUAUGAUAGCUAUACAUUCAAUAUCUAUCAGGCACUGAGUACUAUUAAUGGAGUGCCUCCUGUGGUUAUUCGAAAUGAUGAGUGGACGUGGGAAGAAGCUUACCAUUACUUAUAUGAAGAAGCUGCUUUCGAUAAUAUUGUUAUAUCACCUGGACCUGGUUCUCCGAUGUGCCCUGCUGAUAUAGGAAUAUGUCUUCGCCUUUUGCUUGAAUGUCGUGAUAUUCCAAUUCUAGGUGUCUGCCUUGGCCACCAGGCACUGGGUUAUGUUCAUGGAGCUCAUGUGGUGCAUGCCCCGGAACCAGUUCAUGGGCGGUUGAGUGGGAUAGAACAUGAUGGGAACAUACUGUUUUCUGAUAUUCCAUCUGGGAGAAACUCUGAUUUCAAGGCAGACAAGGAAUCACUGCCAAAGGAGCUUGUACCAAUAGCGUGGACGAUUUAUGAUGAAACUGGUUUUGUCUCUGAGAAGAAGUUCUCUGUUCCUGUGAAUAACUUUGGGAGCCCACUGGGGAACGGAUCUGUCAAUUAUUGGCCUUCAUCCCAUGUUGAUGGAAAACAAAAUAGACACAUUCUCAUGGGCAUUAUGCACUCUACUUUUCCUCAUUAUGGUUUACAGUUUCAUCCAGAGAGUAUCGCUACCACCUAUGGAAGUCAAAUAUUCGAGAAUUUCAAAGACAUAACUGUGGAUUAUUGGAGUCGCUGCAAGCCUCCAUCCUUAGUUCCAAGAAACGGAAAAGACAGGGCAAACAUGCAGAUGCCUGGUGCCAGUCAAUUGCUGAAAGAACUUUCCAGAACUAGAAGUACAGGAAACGGUUCUAGCUUUUAUGGGAGCCAUAAGAAGUCUCUGUUUGCUGCCAAGACAAGUGGUGUAGACGUCUUGAAUCUGGUGGAUUUAUCAUAUCAAAAACCUCAUGCAAAAUUGCUGAGGUUGAAAUGGAAGAAGCUUGAACGUCUUGUACAUAAAGUUGGUGGAUCAAGAAAUAUAUUCAUGGAACUCUUUGGCAAGAGUGGAGGGAAUGAUGCAUUUUGGCUGGAUACUUCUUCUAGUGACAAGGCUAGAGGGAGAUUUUCUUUCAUGGGCGGUAAAGGUGGAUCCCUCUGGAAGCAGUUGACAUUUAGUUUAUCUGAUCAAAGCGAGAAAACAUCUAAACAUGCUGGACACCUUCUGAUUGAAGAUUCUCACAGUUCUACUGAGAAACGGUUCUUGGAAGAAGGCUUUCUUGAUUUUCUACAUAAGGAGCUUUCAUCUAUAUCUUAUGAUGAGAAGGACUUCGAAGGGUUGCCUUUUGAUUUUUGUGGUGGAUACGUAGGUUGUAUUGGGUAUGAUGUUAAAGUCGAAUGUGGAAUGCCAACUAAUCUGCACAAAUCCAAGGCUCCGGAUGCAUGUUUCUUCUUUGCGGAUAAUAUAGCCGCCAUUGAUCAUCACCUUGAUGAUGUUUACGUAUUAUCUCUUCACGAAGACGGCAACGCAGAAACCUCUUUCCUGAAUGAUACUGAAGAGAAGCUCAUUAGCCUGAAGGUUUCGUCCACGAGAAAGUGGAAGGAUCAAACUCAACAUGCUUUAGAUUCAUCUCAACGCGAAACAAGUUUUGUCCCUGACAAAUCCCGAGAGCAGUAUAUCAACGAUGUUCAGAGCUGUAUGAACUAUAUCAGAGACGGAGAGAGCUACGAGCUUUGUCUAACUACUCAGAGCAGAAGUAGAAUAGGGAACGCUGAUCCUUUGGGUCUUUAUCUCCACCUGAGAGAGAAGAAUCCAGCACCAUACGCAGCAUUUCUCAACUUCUCAAAUGCGAAUCUGUCUUUAUGCUGUUCGUCCCCUGAAAGGUUUCUUCAGCUUGACAGAAAUGGAAUGCUGGAAGCAAAGCCGAUUAAAGGUACUAUAGCCCGUGGCUCCACACCUGAAGAAGACAAACUUCUCAAAUUGCAAUUGAAACUCAGUGAGAAGAAUCAAGCCGAGAAUCUGAUGAUUGUUGACCUUCUGAGGAACGAUCUCGGCCGCGUCUGUGAACCUGGUUCAGUCCAUGUGCCUAACCUUAUGGACGUAGAAACAUACACAACAGUACACACUAUGGUGAGCACGAUCCGUGGGCUGAAAAAGCCAGACAUUAGUCCGGUCGAAUGUGUGAGAGCAGCUUUCCCCGGCGGUUCAAUGACCGGUGCACCGAAACUAAGAUCCGUCGAGAUUCUUGAUUCUCUAGAGAACUGUUCGAGAGGACUUUACUCUGGCUCAAUCGGGUAUUUCUCGUAUAAUGGCACUUUUGAUCUGAAUAUUGUGAUAAGAACAGUGGUGAUACAUGAAGACGAAGCUACCAUUGGAGCAGGAGGAGCGAUCGUUGCGUUAUCAAACCCAGAAGAUGAGUUCGAAGAGAUGAUUCUUAAGACUAAAGCUCCUGCUAAUGCAGUUAUGGAGUUUUGUAGUGGUUCAGUGAAAGACAAUGAUCGAAAGAGACAUUAGUAAGUGUCAUCUCUUGCUUUGGUGUGUUUGGUGUGGGUUUAAAGUUUAAACAGUUAUCAUUUGUUUAUUUAAAUUUUUUUAAAAAAUUAUCAUAUUUCUAUAGAAGAAAAAGAAAGAUAUAUUAUUAUUUAUAUUAGUUGUAAGAGAAAAAUUCUCAAAAUAAGUUAUUUGAUUGAUGUGUUCUGAUAAAA